AGCCGCGGGGUCGGAUGGCCUACGCGCUUCCGUGCGGUUAAAGCCCUGCAGCUCGCACCGCCGGCAGGCGGGAGUGGCUUCUGUUGGCGGUGCGGGGUCGGGCGGAGCGGGCUGCGCCAGGAGAGAAGAGCUGCAGCUCUUGCCCGCAGUGUGCUGCGUGCUGCAGCGCUCGGCCAGUAACCUCUGCCACAGUAAUCACGGCGAUUUAAAAUGAUCUUCCUGAAACCACCGUCCUGUCAGUUUCUGUAGUGCUUGUGAGUAAAUAUGAAGGUCAUCACUUGCGAGAUAGCGUGGCACAACAAGGAACCUGUGUACAGCUUAGACUUCCAACACGGAACUGAUGGGAAGAUCAACCGUCUGGCUUCUGCGGGUGUGGACACGGCCGUCCGGAUAUGGAAAGUGGAAAAAGGACCGGAUGGAAAAGCUAUUGUGGAAUUCUUAUCCAAUCUCGCCCGCCAUACCAAAGCAGUCAAUGUUGUGCGCUUCUCGCCCAGUGGUGAAGUCCUCGCGUCAGGUGGAGAUGAUGCUGUUAUUUUAUUGUGGAAGCUGAAUGAUAGCAAAGAAUUGGAACCACUAGCUUUUCAAGAUGAAGAUGAAGCUCAGCUCAACAAGGAGAACUGGACAGUUGUUAAAACUUUAAGAGGCCACUUAGAAGAUGUGUAUGAUAUUUGUUGGACCUCAGAUGGGAAUUUCAUGGCAUCUGCUUCUGUAGAUAACACGGCUAUAAUGUGGGAUGUCAAUAAAGGACAGAAGGUUUCAAUAUUAAAUGAACACAAGAGUUACGUCCAAGGAAUAACCUGGGAUCCUCUAGGCCAGUACAUUGCAACUCUGAGUUGCGAUAGGGUUCUGCGGGUAUACAACACGCAAACCAAGCGUGUAGCAUUCAACGUUACCAAGAUGCCAUCUGAGUCAGGAGCUGAAGGAGAGGCUAGGAGCUAUCGGAUGUUUCACGAUGACAGCAUGAAGUCAUUUUUCCGUAGACUCAGUUUUACUCCUGAUGGCUCCUUAUUACUCACUCCAGCUGGCUGUGUUGAAUCAGGAGAAAAUGUGACAAACACCACAUAUGUUUUCUCCAGAAAUAAUCUUAAAAGGCCCAUGGGUCAUCUGCCCUGUCCGGGAAAGGCAACUCUUGCUGUUCGCUGCUGCCCAGUCUUCUUUGAGUUGAGACGAGCACUUAAUAAAGAUGAAAUCAGUCAGAAAUCAUCGCCUGCUCUAUUGAAUCUACCCUAUCGAUUGGUGUUUGCUGUUGCUUCAGAAGAUUCUGUGCUUUUUUAUGAUACUGAGCAGUCUUUCCCUUUUGGUUAUGUUUCUAACAUACACUAUCACACCCUCAGUGACAUUUCAUGGUCCAGCGACGGAGCCUUCCUUGCUAUUUCUUCUACGGAUGGAUACUGUUCUUUUGUUACCUUUGAGAAGGAUGAACUGGGAAUACCGCUGAAGGAAAAGCCUCAGAUAAAUGUCAGGACUCCUGGUGCAACAGAGAAGAAAGUGAAGAAGAGUCAACCACACAAAGUCGUUUCCCCAGGCUCGAGGCUGACUGAGGGGACUCCUCUGAGCGCUCCCACUCUCCAACCCAAAACGCCUGUAGCUGCUGCUAAGGACUUGCCUUUCACACCUGUUGGCAUAAAAAAUGUUCCAGUCUCAUCUUCAGAGGAGAGGAAAAUCAGCCAGCCAGCCAGCCAGAGUACUAAAGGAAACCAGCCCAGGAGGAUUACUCUCAACACUUUACAAGCAUGGAGCAAGACGCCAAGGAGAAUAAACUUGACACCAGUAAAGCCAGAUACACCAGCCUCAGUGUAUACAGACACAGUUCCUGUACCUCCUUCCUCGGAACAGGAACAUGAGAGGCCGUUACCAUCUGAUGACAGUCUUCAAAAUCCCCCACCUUCUAAACGUCCUAGAACUGAGGAAAUGCCUCUUUCUGUGUCUGCUGAAGAUCAGAUCAGCUGCAAACCAAACAAAUAACAGCUAGUUUGUUAGUAGACUCUUCAGUCUGAACGCAGUGCAGCCGUACCUGAGAACUCAUUUCUUUUUGUGAAUGAUAAAUCCUCAAUUCCUGAUUAAAGCACCGUAUGCGUAUUUGACAUAGUGCUGUGAGUAAGCUGGCAGUAGUAGACUGUUUUCAGGAACGUAGCCUCACAGAAGAGGAAAUAAUUCUGAAGUGUCUUCUAAGUGUAGUUCUAUUUCUUGAAGACAGAAUUCUUCGAUGCCACAGUUCAAGGAAAUCAUGAAAAUCUGGCUAUUGAAAAGCCGUACAGUAACCUAAGUGUUUCCAUCAAAGUUCCCUGAGUCAACAUUUAUAAAGUAUCGUGUCCUCCAGCAACGUGUCUGGCAAAUAAAUGGAAUUUCUAAGGAAUUGAGUUCAUUCUGAUUUGAUGUCACUUAAGAAAAAGGAAAGAAACAAAAAACCUGAAGCUGUUUCACACAGGCAGCUUGGCUUAUACAUUGUAGCAAUGUGCAAAAUAAUCAAUGCUUUCCAGUACCUGUGGAAUGGAAGCAAAUGUUCAUAUGCUCUGAAUGCAGCGGCAUGCAAUAUGACUAAUAGAGAAACAGGAAUCAGAAGCUAAAACUGCAAGAAACAAGAAAUCAUAAGGAAGAAACCCUCUGAAGACCUGUUACAAGCAUUAGACAAUGGAAGAAAGUUCUUCACUGAACAGAGAAGCUUCUAUAUUUGCAAAAAUGCUGAUGUGAGAUUUUCCUGAGGCAGCAAGAUUUGAAUCUAUACAUUAAAAGUACACAAAAAGCUUUCCCCCUGUUGUUUUUCCUGACUCAAGCUCUUUUGGACAAUAAAAUAAAACACAAAUCCAAUGUGUAUUAUGCUUUUAAAAGUUGAUUUGUUUAAUAUUUCCUAUGAUUAAACUAUGACCUAAAAUUGGAAAGAACACCAAAAUCUUUGAAAACCACUACACUGAAUUUUAUCUGGUGUACAGAGACUCCCGUAGUAGAAUGCUCAGCCACAGUAUUCUGAGCUUAUCCAUUUCAUUAUUUUUGUUCAAUAUCAGAUAUUUAUUUUUAAGAAGAUAAUACUUAACAUGUAAAUAGUUGUUGUAGUUAACGAUACCUUGUAGACAUUUUGAACAAAAUUUUCUCUUGUGAUUUAGCUCACACUUUUGUAUCAUGUGAAGUUCUGAAACACGUGGGAGGGGAAAGCUAGAAUUCAUAUUAAACCUCUUUGAUUUCCUUGGAUUUGUUUGUUUUUAAGGUGUCUAAUUAGUCUUUAUUUUCUGUCAGUUUCUGAGUAAGUGGACAAAUGCAAAUGUGGGCAUGCAGAAAUAGAAAUGUUUCAGGAGUGUUUCAUAAAAAUUUCACAAAGAAGAAAUGCUUACAGAUACCUGUUCAAAAAAAAUUUCAGGCAAAUGAAAUAGUUGACUACAAUCUUCAACAGAAAUUAGUAAGCUAACUGUUCUAGGAAACUAACUGUAUUUUUCUUUAAACCAUUGAGAUGAAGGUAUAACUUUACUAGAACUAGCCAGACUUGGGUUUUCUCACAGCCAGGAAUAAAAAAGCUAUUACCAAGUAAAGCUGCAUCUAAAGCAGUUUUUUUUCCCCGAAAUGUAUAGAAAUAAAAUUUGUAGAGAUCUGAAUUGAUAGCUAAAAAGCAGAUGUUUGUAGCUAACACAGCAAUGCAUGGGUGGUUUUUUGUAUAUUUGUUGUUAAUACAGCGAUGUGUGUUUUUUUUCUCUUGAGCUGUAAGAACGGUUGUAUUUCAUCUUUCUGUAGGACAGUGACCCACUUAAUAUUUCAGUGAUUCAUUUUGUGCACUGCAAAGGAUCCUUUGAAUUCAAACUUACAUUUCUAAAUACUGAUUGCAAAGCUAUCCUAUUUGUUGGUGUGCUUUGUUUUCUCACAAAAUGCAUUUCAUCAUAAGCUUCUUGCUGUUGAAAGCUAUAAGAUUGAAUGUAUUAUUUUAGUGUUAGUGACAUAACUGGCCUUUGUGGUCUUCGAGUGUAAUUAAUUACUAGAGUAUUAGUCUUUAUUUCAUGCCACACCCGUUCAAAUAACAAGCACAUUUAUUUAUAUAGUUGCUAGCUUAUUUUCUCACUGCCUUGCAGUGUAAUUGGAUUGGUAAAUUUAUCGACACUUUCACUGCUUCCAUUUGGAGAUUAUUUCCACAUCAUCAUCUCUGUCAUAAUGCUCUAUCUGGUAUUUUUCCUUUCCAAAUCAGGACUUCUUUCUUUAGUUUUAGUUUUAGUUUUCUCCUGCUACUAUAAUUUCUUACUUCUCUUUUCCAUUUGUUCUCUGUUAGUUACAUUCUACUUUGUUGUUAAGAGGCAGCAAAUCAAUUUCAAACUUGGGAACUGCAGAACUCUUCAUUGGGUGUCCAAAACUUGCACCCAGUCAAAAAUACUUUGUACCUGUGUAUGUCAGUAUCCUCCCAACAAAUCCCCUGAAAGGCCAAAUAAACAGGAUUUUGAUACA